AUGAAGUUAACCGUAUUCCUCUUCGCGACCGCCCUCUUCUGCGCAAUCGCCAACGUCAACGCUCAACUUGAAUCGGACGAUUAUGAAGAAGAAGAUGAGUGCCCCUGUAUGACGCCGUUCAAUUGGCUGCCAAAGUGCGGAUCUGACGGACAAACCUAUCCUAACGAGGAAGCUAUCAAGUGCCAAAACGAGUGCAACGAUGACCGUGUAACUAUUGCUCAUGACGGCGUAUGCGAAGGCGAUGCAAACUUCGGACUUGUUUAA